UAAUUUAAAAUUGUUGAUUGACCUUGAUUUAGUCAUUAUUUACAGUAUAUAUAAGUUUAAUGGGAGACAGCCUACAAAGAUAUUAUUGUGUCCAUGUCUCAGAUUGUUUAUUCACUAGAUAUUUUACUACUCCAACUGAUUCCAUUUCAUCAGAUCCAAUCUAGCCGAACAACAGUUCCCUUUUUCUUCACAUUCAAUCUCUCACCGCCGAUCAAGGAAGAUGAGCAGAAGAGGAUUUCUCAAUCUAUGCUCGCAUAAAUCGGGUAUUCUCUCUCCUCUCUUCUCUCUUUUCUCUUCCAAAGCUUUUCAACCUAAGGCGAGCAGAAUAAAUUCAGUUCCUGUUAAUGAUUUAGACGAUGCUAUUAAAUUGUUUGUAACAAUGAAGAAUAUGCAGCCGAAGCCUUCUAUUCGAAUGUACAACAAACUUAUGAGUGUUUGUGUGAAGAUUAGGCAGUAUUCUUUUGCCCUUAAUGUGUUCGAUGAAAUUCUUAAGAUGGGUUCCCCUGCUAAUAUUUACACUAUGAAUAUUGCGGUUAACUGUUGUUGUCACUUGAAAGAAAUAUAUUCUGGUUUUGCCAUAAUGGGCUUCUUUUCUAAAAGUGGUUACGAACCAGAUGCUGCGACAAUCAGCCCUCUCAUUAAAGGGUUGUUUUUAGAGGGUAAGGAGGCAGAAGCUGUGAUAUUAUUCAAGAAGGUUGCAGAUUUAAAACUUUGCGAGCCUAAUGAGGUUAUUGUUCUGCACUUGAUUGAUGGGCUAUGCAAAACUGGACAGGUCAUUGCGGCGUAUGAUUGGAUUCAUAGAUUAGAAAGUUGUGGGUGGAGACCCAACAUUAAGGCUUAUAGCACAUUAAUUGAUGGGUACUGCAAGGGUGGACAUAUAGAUGAAGCUUUGGAACUUCUAUCCGAGAUGAUCAGUAAAGGUAUUUUACCUAAUGUUGUCACAUAUAAUACCAUGAUUAAGGGACUGUGUGACAAUGGUAGGCAUACUGAUGUUGGAGACUUAUUGAAUGAAAUGGCCAAUUCCAAGAUAUCUUUGAAUGUACGUACUUUCAGUAUAUUGAUCGAUGCAUAUUGUAAGGAAGGAAAGAUAGAAAAGGCUGAGAAUGUGUUGGAAACUAUGACGAAGCAAAAUAUAUGUCCCAAUGUGGUCACAUAUAGUUCACUUAUUGAUGGAUUUUGUAUGAAAGGUGAAACUGAUAUAGCAAAACAGUUACUUGAUUCCAUGGUAGGGAUGGGCCUAAAGCCUAAUAUUGUGAGCUAUAACACCUUAUUAAAUGGAUACUGCAAGAAUAGAAACAUGGAUGAGGCUUGGCUUCUUUUUCUUGAAAUUCCCAAUAAAGGCUUGAUGCUUGAUAACCAUACUUAUAGUACCAUGAUCCAUGGAUUAUUUAGUUCAAAUAAAUUUACCGAGGGGCGGAAACUUUUUGAGAGUAUGGAAGCUCAGCAAGUGCAGCCUAACUUGCGUACUUAUACCAUAUUGUUGGAUGGGCUGUGUAGGAAUGGGGAGAUUGAUGAGGCUCUUUCGUUGUUGAGCAUGAUCAAGGAUAAGGGAUUGACUCCUAACACAAUCACGUUUGGUGUUGUCAUAAAUGCAUUAUGCAAAAAUGGAAAACAUGGUAUGGCAAGAGAUCUUUUCAAUCAACUUCCGUUAAAUGGUGUACAACCUGAUGUGCCCAUGUAUAAUAUGAUCAUUGGUUCAUUCUGUCAAGAAGGGUCUUGGGAGGAGGUAAAACGUUUGCUGGUAGAGAUGGAGAAUCGUGGCUGUGGACCUAAUCAUGUAACAUACAGUAUCAUCAUCGGGAGUCUGCUAAAGCAAAAUGAGGUUGACAAGGCAAGAUCAUUCAUGGAAGAAAUGCGUGAAAAGGGAUUCUCAGCUGAUUCUGCAACUUCUUCAAUGCCAAGUGGAGAUGAUUACUUCCUCAAAUUGAUUGAGGACCUUGAGCCCAAGGAAAUUGUAUCCUAGUCCAUAUCAAUUGGAGUUCAUCAUGGCUCGUUCGUUGAUCUUGCCGACGUCCUUGCAGACUCGGUCGAGAGGAAGUCACAACUAAAAGGGGUGAGCUUCCUUCUUACCCGUGUCACCGUGGAAAAAUCAGUUAAACCCUUUAGCAUCGAGAGGGCUAUGCACGUUUCCUAGUCUUGAGCACGGCCUUCAAGCAGUUUCACGAACAUUUUGCUGCACUUGAGGUCUUGAAAUUCUAAAUUUCAAAAUAGGUCAACUCCGAUUGUUCUUAAAAACUUUUUAGUUAUACAAGUACGUUAUCUUUUGAUAUCAAACAAUAUAUUACUACGUAGUGUUAUAUUGUUAACUCAAUACAAUUAAAUAAUAGCCUUUGAAUAUUUAA